GAAUGAGAGAAAAUGAUGGAUUAAUUUUCAUCGUUUGUGUUUGCAGGGGUCAUGACCAAAACAGAAACAGGAAGACUUGAGAAAUACAAAGAUCUUGAAGAUUUGGAAUUUAUAUAAGGGGUUCAAACCAGGUGAGUCUUCUCUAGUCCAUAUGUUUGUUUAGUUUGGUUACUUAGAUAAGUUGCCGGAAUUCUGCAAAUUAAACUGGAUUUGUUGUUUUGUCUGCCAAUUAAUAUUGUUUCUCUAAAGUUUUUCCAUUUUCGUAAAGUUGUAUUCAGGUAUGGGUUGUUAAUCUAACAACCAAUAGGUAGAACAAAUGGGUUAUUCGUUACUUAUAUCCCUUCAAAUCCCACAGCAACAGCUUCAGACUAAAAGACAUGGUUUCUUGAGCUGGGUCCCCCAACUCCUAAAGAACAAAAGGCUUGCAUUGACAGGUCAGGUGGCUUUAACUAUGAAGCUAAGUUCAGGGGAGCUACUGCCAAGUCCCUAUCUUUCCUGCAAGAGCCAAGAAGAUAACAGCCUCCCAGCAAAUGGUUUCUUAUGUAACCAUGUGUGCGCUUUGGUUGGUUCGGGUUUGGAGACUUAUAAGAAGGUCAAGAGGGCUCUUCAGGAUUGGAGGCAUUUUGGAAUGAAUUGGGCUUUGAUUGAUCCAAAGACGCCGGUUCAAAUGGAGUGAGGUUUUGUGUUUGUGUCAAGGAGUUGCUGUCAUUGGCCAGGAUGCCUCUUCAGAUAGUGUAUGUGAAUGAAAAUAAAAGUUGUGAACAGUCCAUGACCUCCUUUUGUUUUGGGGUUGGUACCCUUCUAGGUCACUUGCUGGAGCAAGUCAAAUGUUCAACAACUCAGAAAUGUUUGAUCUCAGCUCCAAUAAUGUUACAGAUUCUCUUGAGGUAGUUUCAUACUUGAAAUACUCAUGAGAGGGAACCUGAUUGAAGAUGGAAAAUUGCAUAGCAUAUAGGAAUGACAAUUUGUGUUCCAUAUUUGUCAUUUGCAAUUGCAUAUUCCAUGCUUUUGCUCAGUAAUGCUGAAUGAUGAACAACCAUCAAGAUUUGAACUACAGUAGAUACAAGGGGCAACUGACAAUCUCCCUUGCUGAUAUUUUUUUUAUUAUUAUUGAACAUUAGUUUGUAUUUCAGAUACAAGGAAUGUGGUUGUCAUUUUAAGUUGG